AUGGCCGAAGGGACUGACACUUGGCAAUCCCUGUACUCGCGUUCGGGAAGGUCGUUUCCGACGGCCCUUCUUCAAACGCAGCGGGUGCGUCUCGUCUUACUCCUCGACGAGGCCAAGGACAUCAACAAUCAGCUGGGCACGAGGCUCCCAGAUGUCCCACGCCCGUGGAUAGCCACGCCAGCGGACGAGGUAACUCGUCCGGACGCCAUUUACAUCGCGGUGGUUCAAAAUACGCUCCACUAG